GUUUGUGUAGAAAUCUAGUGUCGGCGUUAAUAGUACUGACGGCAGUUUGCGCAGUGGGAUAGGAAUUUGUAGCCGUCACGGCGCAAUAACCAAUAUGCACUGCACUUGCUCUCGAAUAUGGCGAAAGUAUGGCGCAUGUAGUGUGUGGUGUUCGCGAGAUAAGUGAAGUGCUGUGACUUUGAUGUUAUUAUGUUCGAAAAUGGAUAAGUGAUGUUGCAUACUAGUAAAUAAAGAAAGCGAACCGUGGAAGAGCAAGACGUGCGAUUAUUAUUCAAGUGUAUGUUACUUGUUUUGGUGAAAAGUUUGGGGAAGAAGAGUAUAAUAAAUAAACGUCGGAAUCAUGUCGACGGAUAAAAUUAAGGUUGCUGUGAGGGUUCGUCCUUUCAAUCGCAGAGAAAAUGAACUUGCGACUCCCUGUGUCGUCGAGAUGGACAAGCAACAGACGGUCCUCCACCAGGCGACCAAUACUUUGGAGAAGAAUGAUAGGAAGCAGCCAAAAACGUUCGCCUUCGAUCACUGUUUCUACUCGGUCGAUGCCAGCUCCGACAAGUUUGCAUCCCAGGAAGUCGUUUUCGACUGCUUGGGACGCGAUAUCUUGGACAAUGCGUUCCAAGGUUAUAACGCCUGCAUCUUCGCAUACGGACAAACGGGUUCUGGAAAGUCGUACACGAUGAUGGGAGCCCAAGAUAACAAAGGCAUUAUUCCUAGAUUAUGCGAUUCGUUGUUUGAGACCAUCGCCAAACAGCAGAGCUCAGAGCUUAGCUACAAAGUUGAAGUGAGCUACAUGGAGAUAUACAACGAGAAAGUGCACGAUCUGCUGGACCCGAAGACGAACAAGCAAUCGCUGAAAGUCCGUGAGCACAACGUCCUGGGGCCCUACGUGGACGGCCUAUCCCAGCUGGCCGUAACAUCAUUUCAAGAUGUCGAUAAUUUGAUGGCCGAAGGAAAUAAGUCGCGGACGGUAGCUGCCACGAAUAUGAACAGUGAGUCGUCGAGGUCCCAUGCCGUCUUCACCGUGAUCCUCUCGCAAACGUUGACUGACGUAAAGAGCGGUGUUUCCGGUGAGAAACAGAGCCGGAUGUCUUUGGUGGAUCUUGCUGGGUCGGAAAGGGCUGUGAAAACUGGAGCAGUGGGCGAUCGAUUGAAGGAGGGCUCCAAUAUAAACAAAUCGUUAACAACUUUGGGUCUAGUCAUAUCGAAAUUGGCAGAUCAGUCUUCAGGGAAUAAAAACAAAGACAAAUUUGUGCCAUAUCGAGAUUCUGUAUUAACAUGGUUGUUAAAAGAUAAUUUAGGUGGUAAUAGUAAAACGGUUAUGGUUGCAACCAUCUCACCGGCAGCUGAUAACUACGAAGAAACUUUGUCCACCUUGCGUUACGCAGAUCGCGCCAAACGCAUCGUCAAUCACGCAGUCAUCAACGAGGAUCCGAACGCAAGGAUCAUCAGGGAGUUGCGACAAGAAGUUGAAGCACUAAAAGAAAUGCUCAAGCACGCUACUGGUUCACCUGUUGGUGAGAUUCAAAAGCACGACAUUCACAAAAAGCUCAACGAAAGCGAAAAGUUAUACAAAGAAAUGUCACAGACGUGGGAGGAGAAACUCGUGAAAACUGAGCGUAUACAGAACGAACGGCAGCAGACUUUGGAGAAGAUGGGAAUCAGCAUACAGGAUUCUGGCAUCAAAGUUGAAAAGAACAAGUUCUAUUUAGUUAAUUUGAACGCCGAUCCUUGCCUCAACGAAUUGCUGGUGUAUUACUUAAAAGAAAGAACGGUAGUUGGUGCUAAAAGUAAUUUGAUAGGUGACGAACCAGAUAUCCAAUUAUCUGGAUUAGGAAUCCAACCAGAGCACUGCGUCAUCACCAUUGAAGAUGGAUGUCUCUUUCUUGAACCCCUUGCCAAUGCUCGUUCCUACAUUAAUGGAUCUCAAGUUUCAACUAAGACGCCACUCAAGAACGGCGAUCGAAUCGUUUGGGGCAACCAUCAUUUCUUCCGCGUCAAUUGUCCGAGAUCAAUUUUAUCGACGUCUGAGCCACAAACACCUGCACAAAAUAUUGAUUACAAUUUCGCACGUGAUGAGCUUAUGCUAAACGAACUAAGCAAUGAUCCUCUUCAAGCUGCAAUAGCACGCAUGGAAAGACAACACGAGGAAGAUAAGAAAGUCGCGCUUGAAACUCAGAGACAGGAGUACGAGAGGCAAUUUCAACAGCUAAGAAGUAUUAUGUCACCAACCACACCUUAUCCACCUUAUUCCUAUGAUCCGUUAAGAUUCAAAACCAAUCCAUGCACACCGACUACUCAAAUGCGUGUCGAUGAGAUGUUUAAGAGAAGCAUAGGUCAACUAAAAACUGACAUCCUGAAAGCCAAUUCUUUGGUACAAGAGGCUAACACCUUGGCGGAGGAAAUGGGACAGCACACUAAAUUCAGUGUUACUUUGCAAAUACCUCCAGCUAAUUUAAGCCCGAACAGAAAGAAGGGCUCUUUUGUUAGCGAGCCAGCAAUCCUAGUGAAGCGCAGCAACGUCGCUAGUCAAGUUUGGAGUAUGGAUAAGUUGGAAAACAAAUUAAUCGAUAUGAGAGACUUGUACGACGAGAGGCAGGACAAGGGCAUCGACAUCAAAGAGCAGAUAGAUUCCAAGUUGGAUCCUUUUUAUGAAUCACAAGAAAAUCAUAACCUCAUCGGCGUUGCAAAUAUAUUUUUGGAAUGUUUAUUCGACGAAGUUCGUUUAGAUUACCACACACCAAUUAUCAGUCAACAAGGCGAAGUUACUGGGAGAUUACAAGUUGAAUUGAGUCGCGUUUCUGGAGUGUUGCCAAGAGACCGGAUUUGCGAAGCCGCCUCUGAUAGUUCUUCGGAAACCAGUCACGAGGACGAGGACAGCGGUCCACAACAAAUUACAUGUCGCGUCGCUAUAAAACAAGCAUCUGGUUUGCCUCUAUCUUUGUCACAUUUCGUUUUUUGCCAAUACACCUUCUGGAAUCAUCCUGACUACAUCGUUAUCCCAACUAACGAAAACCAGAAUACAAGUGACAGUAGUCAAAACAAUGUAAUAUCUACUCAGAAGGAAUCUAUCAAAGGAACCUUCAAGUUCAAACACGAACAGGAGUUUAAUAUUUCUCUCACCGAUGAGUUUUUGGAACAUUGCGCAGAAGGCGCUCUAUCCAUCGAGGUGUGGGGUCAUCGAAGUGCAGGAUUCUCACGUACAAAACCUGGCUGGGAGGUAGAGCAACAGCAAUUAGCCAAAGCCAGGUCUCUAGCUGACCGUUGGUCUGAACUAACUAGGAAAAUAGAACUCUGGGUAGAAAUUCAGGAGUUGAACGACUUGGGAGAGUACACUCCCGUUGAAGUUAGCUAUAAGAAUGACAAUGCAACUGGCGGUGUUUAUCAGCUAAGGCAAGGCCAGCAGCGAAGGAUACAAGUGAGAGUCAGGCCAGUACAGAACUCUGGAACAUUACCAAUUAUAUGCCAAUCCAUCGUUAAAAUAGAAGUUGGAAGCGUGCUAGUACGUAGUCGAUUGCAGAAAGCUCUGGACUCGUACCAAGAGGAAGAUUUAACUGUGUUGAGAGAGAAGUGGAGCGACGCAUUAAUGAGACGACGACAAUAUUUGGACCAACAAAUGAAGAAGUUAAUUGACAAACCAGAUAAAACUGAGCAGGAUAUCGAAAGAGAACAAAGUUUGGUGGAUCAAUGGGUCAAUUUGACUGAAGAGAGGAAUGCUGUAUUGGUGCCAAAUCCUGGUUCAGGUAUUCCAGGAGCACCUGCAGUUUGGACUCCACCGGCUGGAAUGGAGCCAUAUGUACCAGUCCUGUUCUUAGAUCUUAACGCUGAUGAUUUGUCGACAAAUCCGUCGGGAGAGGAAGUUUCUAUAACUGGUGUUAAUUCAAUUUUACCCAAGGAGAUUGGUAAUAAAUUUUACAGUCUCCAGAUUUUGCAACAUCUUGAGAAAGAUGUAUGCGCCGUUUCUUCUUGGGAUUCAUCUAUUCAUGACAGCGUGAAUUUGAAUAAGGUCACUGAGCCAAACGAUCGUGUGUACUUGAUUUUGAGAACAACGGUAAGGCUGUCGCAUCCGGCACCUAUGGAUUUGGUGCUCAGGAAGCGUUUGGCUUUGAAUAUAUACAAGAGACAAAGCAUUACAGACAGAAUUAAACGUAAAAUUGUGCGAUCAGAUGUGAUCACCCAAUGCGGUGUAACUUACGAAGUUGUUUCUAAUAUACCUAAAGCUAGCGAAGAACUGGAGGAUCGUGAAUCUUUGGCGCAACUUGCUGCCUCUGGUGAAGAUACUUUCUUCGUUGAUGGAGAAACUUAUAUUGAAAAGUACACUCGAGGAGUUAGUGCUGUGGAAAGUAUCCUUUCUUUGGACCGAUUGCGCCAAAGUGUCGCAGUUAAAGAACUUCUACAAGCCAAUGGACAACCUUUAAUGAGGAAAACGGCUUCAGUUCCAAACUUCUCACAGGCUUUGGAGACGAAGAACGGGUUGAUGAGAUUGGAUAUGAGCACCGAAUCGUUGAACAUGUCGAGGUCGGAGAGCGUCAGCGAUCUUAACAGCGAGUUUGGUUCUACUCCAAACCGGUCCAGAAGCUGCUUUGGAAAAGAGUCCGAGGUAUCUCCAUCGAAACCAUUUGGACUUGGCUCCAUUCUGUCAGCUCGGCCAACUUUCUUAAAUCUCAACUUGAAUUUGAAUUCGCUUCGGUUGCAACAACCGUCUGGAGUGUCCAAAUUUUCGCCAGCUAAUCCAAAAAUGUUGUUCAAAAUGACUACCUUGCACGAGGAACAAAUGCCUAUGGCAAGAAAACAUUCCUUGGAUUUGAUCGUCGACGAGAUAGAAAAUGAUAAAUAUAAAAUGGAAGACGAUAUGAAAUCAGACUUUUAUUCACAAGGUAAAUCGCAGCAUACCAAGAGGAUGUCUACAUCGAGAACUUUGGAUUCCCUCGUGGAAUUAGCUCCGAAGACAGGAACACCUUCAACAAAUUCUAGUGGAUAUGGCUCACAGGCCGUCUCCUCCACAAACUUGUCCAGUGAAGACUCGAUGUCUUUAAGAAGUAUUAGUAUAGAUGAAACUCCAGAUAAAGAGAAGCACCUGGAAUUCAGAGAAAACACUAAUGAACGAUUUCUUACAGAUUACAUGAAAGUGAUGUACGAACCUAACAAGUCCGACUAUGGCGACAAUGAUGCAAUGAUGAAUGGUAUUACUUCAACAGUGAUUUCGCAGACGUUGGAUAAAACCGAGCUGUCGGAUUCACCAUCCGAAGGUAUUGUCAAAACCAAUCUUUCGCCGGGCAAAGUUGUCCGCCGCAAGAAGAAUUCCUCUAAUUCCAAACCUCAAAACACCAUCCACCAAAGAGCUUCGUUCCCACAAAGCCGUCCACAUAAUUCCGAAAGCAAAACCGCUCAAAACCUAGAACAUAAACUUUUGACCCAUGAUGAUGGCAUCGACAGUUCAAUGGAUAGACUAGAAGACGAAAGUGAUAAUUAUGGUUCCCGUCCCGAUCUCAACAAACUAGCCGAUGUCCCUGUGCCAGAAUGGGUUGUGCUAGGUGAAAGCGUACUAAUUCGUCCUUAUAAUUUUUCCGGAGUUGUCGCUUUUAUGGGUGAAACGGAAUUCUCUAGUGGAAUCUGGAUCGGCGUGGAACUGGAUGCACCUAAAGGUAAAAAUGAUGGUACUGUGCAAGGCGUCAAGUAUUUCUCUUGUCGCCCGAAGCACGGGAUGUUCGUGAGGGCUGACAAACUAAUCAUGGAUCGCAGAGGUCGCGCAAUGCGUAUCUACAAGGCAGAAGCACUUGCCAAUUCCAAUCACAGCAAAUGCGCUUCAAGUAAAAGUGACACGAUCCCACGUUCUAGAUCCAGAGGCGAUGGCCUCAACAACGUGGGAACUCGCCCGAGCCCAAAAGCAAAAUAAAUGCCCUCCCCAAAACCCCAAAAAAACGAAAAGGAAAAUGACUUUUCACAAAAGAAAAGAAAACAUUUAAUGAAUAAGGUUUAAAAAAAACUAGUCCCCUCCAUGUAAAACCACCCUUUUUAAAAAUCACUUUUGUAUAUUAGUUGUGCCGUCCAUAUAAGUUCUAUAUGAGACAUAGGAAAAAAGUAUUUAAAGAAA